UCGAGGGGAGACAACAUGAAAAACCAGUCCUGGGGAAGCUCUGAGGAACUAUUCGAUAUCCAAAAUGCACAAACAUCUAAAGCCCAGAAGGAACUUGUCAAAAGAUACAAGAUCUGCGGGGUGCUGCUUUGCACCCUGGUGCUCUCGCUCAUCCUGACAUUUCUCGGCGUCCACUAUUUUUGGAAUCCACCGCCUAACAAAAUUUAUGACAUGGAGCAUACCUUUUUCAGCCAAGGGGAGAUGCAAAAGAUAUUAAUGAAGAUUGACCCAGUGAGCGAAACAGAGAUCUUUCAAAGUGGAAAGGGCAACGAAGAAGUUCUGGAAAUUCAUGACUUCAAAAACGGAAUAACUGGCAUCUUCUUUGUGGGGGAUCCAAAAUGCUUCAUCCGAAGUCAAAUCAAAGGGAUACCCAAAACUUCCAAUGUGGAAACAGAGGAGCCUGAGGGCGAGGAAGUAACCACCUCUUUUGAGCAAUCGGUAGUCUGGGUACCAGAGGAGAAGCCUAUCGAAAACAAAGACUUCCUGCAGAACUCCAAGAUUUUUGACUUCUGCAAAAACGUGACUAUGUACUGGAUCCACCCAACCUUACUAACAGAACCAGAGCCCCUUGACUUUGAAAAUGAAGGCGAUGCAGAUGGCCGGGUUCUUGCAAACAGGCCCGGACAGGAGGGAAUGAAAGAGAAUCAUUUAGCUAAGCAAGCAAAACCAAGCCCCAGACGUCAAGCCCGCCAACUCACCGAACAGGACUUACGUGUGAAUGACUACACAGAAAAUGGGCUUGAGUUCCACCCUAUGUGGGAUGAAAGAGGAUACUGCUGUGCCCGUUGCCGCCGUGCCCAUCGAUACUGCCGGAGGAUCUGUGAGCCUCUGCUGGGAUAUCACCCAUACCCUUACUGUUAUCAAGGAGGGAGAGUUAUUUGCCGUGUAAUCAUGCCAUGCAACUGGUGGAUUGCACGGAUGUUGGGACGAGUGUAAAUGCACAGGGCAAGAAACUGACACAAAAUACAUUGCAGUACAGGAGACACAUUUAGCCCAGUCCCCGCAGGCACGUAUGUGCUGCUGACAUUCUAGUUCCCAUUACCAAGAUUUUUAUUGUGAUCAAGUCUUUCCUAAAUACAUCUUAAAACAAGAUUUCCCUACUUGACGCAUAUCCCUUGCCCCAGAAGAGCCAUACUGAAAUAUGUAAGAGUGGUACUAAAGGCCUUCCUAGUGUCCCCUA